AUGGCAAUCCCCCAAUAUUAUGCUAACCCUCCACACUUUUUUGUGUUCUUACUCUGCAUCAUCAUCAUCAUCUCCCUAGUUUCCGGCGAAUGCAAGCUCCGUAACGACAACUCGUCCAUCGCAAUAGCUUCUAGCGACUAUGGAAACAUGGAGCACGAAACCCCAGCUUUCGUACUCUAUCCUUCGUCAGACGCUGACAUCAUCGACCUCGUCAAAUCGACAUCACGACCCUCGACAGUCGCUGCUCGAGGGCACGGACACUCGGUCAGGGGGCAGGCAUUGACCUCGGGCGGCGUGGUGGUCAACAUGACCGCGCUCGGUGAGAAUAAGGGGGAUAGGAUAGUGAUUGGUGGCAAUCUUUCGUGCGGGUUUUAUGCGGACAUUGGGGCAGAGCAGUUGUGGGUGGACGUGCUACGUGCAACGCUCAGGCAAGGGUUGGCGCCGGUCUCGUGGACCGAUUAUCUGUACCUGAGCGUAGGGGGGACACUCUCGAAUGCGGGGAUUAGCGGGCGCGCGUCCUUGCGUGGCCCCCAGAUUGCCAAUGUUCUUCAACUUCAGGUUAUUACAGGUAAAGGGGAAAACCUCACUUGUUCACCAAACGAAAACCCCGAGCUAUUUCUCGCGGUUUUGGGUGGUCUUGGCCAGUUCGGCAUCAUAACCAGAGCAAGAAUCGUCCUAGACAAAGCACCAACAAAUGUAAAGUGGGCAAAAUUGGUUUAUAGCAAUUUCUCGACGUUCAUAAACGAUCAAGAACACCUCAUCUCGGGCAGCGACGCCAACUAUGUUGAAGGCUAUGUGAUUGUGAAUGUGAGUGUUAUCGAUCAAUGGAAGCCCGCCUUAUCAAUAUCACAGUCCGAUCGCACCCGGAUUGUUGACUUGUUGACCAAUCAUAGCCUCCUUUUUGCAAUAGAGUUGGCAGUGUUUUAUGACAAUCAAACUGAUUCUAAUACUAUUGAUCAGAAAUUCGAGACAUUGCUCAAGGAGUUGAACUUCAUCCCUGGACUCAACUUCAAUACAGAUGUGUUAUUUUUUGAUUUUCUACACAGACUUGGAAACUUAGAUACUCUACAGAUAGGAUCACAGCUAUCUCAUCCAUAUCUUGCUCUCUUCAUACCGAAAUCCGACAUUGUCGAGUUCAAUAAGCUCGUUGUGACCGGCAUGCUUCCUAGGCUCAACCAGACAUCAGGGAACUUCAUGUUCUUCCCACUAAAGAAAAACAAAUGGAAUGAUAGUAUGUCUGCAGUAACACCCGAAGGGGACAUUUUCUACGGCCUGGGACUUUUACAUUCGAUUCCGAAGAAUGCAUAUAAAAGCAUCGAUGCUUUCAACAAUGAAAUUCUUCGUGUAUGUGAAGAAUCGGACAUCAAGAUCAAGCAAUAUCUUCCUCACUACACGACGCAGGAAGACUGGAUAAACCAUUUUGGUCAGGCCAAAUGGGAAACCUUUGUGAAGAGGAAAGAAUUGUUUGAUCCAAAUAUGAUACUGUCUCCAGGACAGAAGAUUUUUAAUUAA